AAAAUGAUUUUUCUUCUCGGCUGCAGACAGCAACAGCAUAAGGGUAUGUUCAGUGUCUACCAUCGAGCAGCGAGCUCACCGUUUAGGAUCGCGGUCAAAAAGCUGGCGUGACGUCACGCACUUUUGCUUCGUGUAAGUAGGGAACCUGUACAGGGCUUGAGCCUAUGCCAUGAGGCGAACCUUGCCUGGAAUUUAAACCGGUGAGGGGAACUACACACAAAAAAAGGAUAAAUUCAUAUCAACUUACUCAGGACUCACGCAUAGUGAUGAGAACAUUUUAAUUAAAAUACCAAAACGAAUGGCUUGCCACACGUUCCUAAUUAAUGAGAACAACAACAAUGGACUGAUGCGAACAGUUGUUGCCAAUGUCUGCCAAAUAAACGCAAAACACAACCACAACAACAAUAAUAACAACUACGCCGACAACAUCGACAACAAUUAAAAGAAAGGAAACGAAAAGCAAAGAACGAAGCCGCAGCAUGCAACAGCAACAUCAACAGCAACAGCCCAGCAAUUACAACGCCAAAAAAUUAUUUGCCAGAUCCGAGCAACUUGCUAGUUCUGCGUUACGUAUAGGCAAUAUUAAAAAUAAAGUACGAGCGCCCAGCGAAACGGCAAGAGCAGCCAAAACGGUCCAAGCGGACCAAUUGUUCACAAGAUGAAUAAACGCAGCAUCAUCAUUGUCUGCAUCAUCGCCACGCUGCUCUGCACUGUGCUCGGCGCCAACUUCUACUUUAUGUACUACCUCAACGCGGAAGAGGGACAGCUCUCAAGCGUCCGUGCCUUGGAGAAUAUGAUCCGCCACAAGAUGCGCCAUCUCAAGCCGGUCUAUCUGAAUCGAAAUCCACGCUUCUUCAUGUUUCGCAAUAAACUGCUAAAGAACUACAAGCAGGCGCCAUACGAGAAUGCCAGCGUUCUCUGGGAAAUCGCCAAUUGGUGGCCGCACGAGAACGAGAUAUAUCCGCUGUAUGACUCCUCGAUGGGUCAGCUAUUGAAAACGCUGCGAGAUGAGCCAAUCACGCGAGCCAACAAUCUUGGACGUGGAACACAGCUAAAGCUUCUGCUGCGUCUGAGUCAACAACAAAAGGUGAUCUUCAAGCCGCAGUGGUAUCCGAGAGACAUUGUCAUUGAAGGAGUCGUUUAUAGCGGCAAGGAUCGACAUGUGGCCGAGGUGUAUGCUUUCUACUUGGGCGCCGUACUGGAUCUGCGCUGGACGCCCAUUGUAGUCGGUCGUGUGGUGAAUCUAAAGACAGAGAUCUUUGACCGUGGCGAUCAAGAGCUACAGAAUACCAUCAAAAUUGAAAUAGAUGAGGAUGGAAAAGAGACAUAUUGUUUGUAUGGCAAGUGUCACUACUGCAAUGAGGAGGAGACUGUCUGUGGCGAUGACCAGCACAACAUUGAAGGUGUCAUCAUCUACAUUGUGCCCGGGACAUUGGCUAAGCGUCGCUCGCCCUGGCAGCGCACCUACAAGGAAGAUAAGCGAGCAGUCUGGGAGGAUGAUAUGACCUACUGCAAAGCUCUCAAGAGUAAAAUGGAAACUAUACGCUUGCUGGACCUCGUAGACGUGGCUAUCUUCGACUAUCUCAUACAAAAUGGUGAUCGUCAUCACUAUGAGACACGAGAGGAGCGUGUGGUGCUCAUCGACAAUGGCAAGGCAUUUGGAAAUCCCAACAAGGAUCAUCUGGAUAUUUUGGCGCCCCUCUAUCAGUGUUGCCUUAUACGUAAAUCUACGUGGGAUCGCCUGCAAAUUUUUUCCGGUGGCGUGCUGACUGAAAUUGUUGAUCGUCUAUCAAAGCAGGACGCGCUCUACCCUCUCAUCACGGACAAGCAUAAGCGCGGAGUCGAGCGCAGAUUAAUUGUCGUGUUCGCUGUGGUGGAGUACUGCAUGGACCGAGAGGGCGAUAAGAUGUUUAAAACGCUUUAACUUUAGUUGUUAGAUUAGGCCUAGAUUGUUAUUAGUUUUAGUAAGCAGCUUGCAGCAAAAAAUCAAGUGCCAAGAUUAUUGCUUAAUAAGUUUGUCCAUAGUUAAAUAAAAGUGAUCAUAUACUUCCUAUAAAUAUUGUGAUUAAUUAUGCAAACCAAGUUUAUUCCAAAUAGUA